AAGGCUUUCUAUGAGUGGGUUACGUUUAUUUUCCCGUUGAGGGAAUAUUCCUAGGCCCCGUGAUGAGGUGGUUGCUAUGGUGAGGUGCAAGGGAACCAGGGAACCCCUAGAGAGAUUAUUCACGUCCUUUUAUUUUUUUGCUGUCAGAAGCUUCUGUGUUUUGGGGCUUGAACUUUGAUCUUUAACCUUGCAUGUUUUGAAAUUUUCUGAGGUUUAUUAGUUUGUUUUUCUUUUCAGAUCUGAAUGUGCAAGUGUGUGUGUAUAUAUAUAUAUGGGCAUAUAGCACAUACCUUGUGUGUGGUUGUGUGUAUAAUAUCUAUCAGUCAAACCUUGUACUUUCCUUCUUGAGUCACAUUAUUUCCUGACUCGAGUUGAGUGCAUGAAGUCAUAAUUUCCGGUCUUUCACUUCUGUUUUUAAAGCCUUGAAAUGGAUCUGAUUUUGGAGAAGUUAUGAAACAGGGGAGAUCACCUGGGGGAGUGUUAUGCUUGUGAAAGGAGGGGAUCUCAUCCAGUAUGGACAUCAAAACCAAGAGUAAUUAAAAAUACUAGUUUCAUAUUAGGCAAAAGCAGUUAGUUCAGCAAUUCAAUAUUCUUUAAGCAUUAAUGUAAAUAUAGUGCCUGUGUUUGAUAUUUCCAGCUCUUUACCAACAAGAGUCUAGGAGAGAUUCCAGACGGACUAAACAGAAGGAAGUUCCACACUUCUGAAAUGGAUAAGAGUUCUUUGCAGCACUGUCUUGUUUUGAAGGGGUUCUCUCUUCUCAGUUGAAAGCAAAGUUCUAGAUUAUUGUCCGUAGGUGUUUCUGAUAUUUGUUUUCUUUUAAUGAACAUUGAUUUGGUGGCUUAAAUCUUGUUUUGGUUCCAUGUCUCAGCAGUUGAUCAACACAUGGGGGGAGGAAAGCAACACAGAGGACCUUUCCAGGGGGUCCGUGUGAAGAACUCGGUGAAAGAACUGCUGUUGCACUUCAGAAGCAGCAAACAGAUGUCCGCAGGCUCUGCUACUGAUGAAUGCAAGACACAAGGAGGAUUGAACUACGAACAGUACACAGCAGAGCUCAAGAGCAUACUUGGCCACAGCGGCAAAAGAAAGGCUCCCGAGCACCUUUCUGAUGGACCUUCUUACAAACGCCAAGCUACUAUUCACCCACACCUCCUGACACCACCCCAGACACCAACUUCUGUGGACAGCAUGGAGGAGACUCAUAAAAAUGAACCAAAGCAUGACAGCAAUUCUGAUCUGCUUCAGAACAUCAUAAACAUUAAGAACGAAUCGAGCCCUGUUUCUUUAAAUACAGUACAGGUUAGCUGGUUGCACCCUGUCUCUAACCAUAACUCACCCAGGGAGCAAUAUCAAGACAGCCCAGGAACACAGACUUUCUCCCCAUCCCAGAAGUACCAAGCUUUCCAAGAACACACCUCCCAGCAUGUGCUUGAUGCACCUCAGCAUUACCAGUUUUCUGCGUCGCAGAACCAGGAUUUGUCACAGAAUUACACUUCGGAUCCAUCCCUGGAGUACAGGCCCUUUUCUGCCAAUGACCAGUCUCCUACCUACCAGCAGAAUACCUUUGAGAGCCAUGAACUGCAGUAUUGUCCACCACAAAGUUUCUCCUCUCUCCUGAAUGAUUCUGAAGGCUCAGAGAAUGUAUCUGCUCCCCUGCAGCCUCUGACCGGUGCUCACCCACAGGCUGAUGUCAGCACCCAUACUCCAAACUUCAGCUUGGUUCCCAGUAACAUCUGUGGUAGUCUUGAACGCAGUGUCUCUUUGGCUACUUUGAAUGUCUCUUUACCGCACCAAAACGUUGUUAGAAACACAGCACAGCUGGGCAAAUCAUUUUUUCAAUGGCAAGUGGAGCAGGAGGAAAACAAACUGGCUAAUAUCUCUCAAGAUCAGUUCCUUGCAAAAGACUCUGAUGGAGACACCUUCCUUCACAUUGCUGUUGCCCAGGGCCGACGAGCUCUCUCCUAUGUUCUUGCGAGGAAGAUGGCUGUUCUGCACAUGCUGGAUAUUAAAGAGCACAAUGGCCAGAGUGCCUUCCAGGUGGCUGUGGCUGCCAAUCAGCAUCUCAUUGUGCAGGACUUGGUUAGCUUGGGGGCUCAAGUCAACACCACAGACUGCUGGGGUAGAACACCAUUGCAUGUUUGUGCUGAGAAGGGACAUGCCCAGGUCCUUCAGGCAAUCCAAAAGGGAGCCAUGGGAAGCAAUCAAUAUGUGGACCUUGAGGCAACAAAUUAUGAUGGUUUGACAGCGUUACACUGUGCUGUUCUGGCGCAUAAUGCUGUGCUGCAUGAGCUGCAAAACAGUCAACCACCUCACUCUCCAGAGGUUCAGGAGCUUCUGCUGAGAAACAAAAGCCUAGUAGAAACCAUCAAGACUCUAAUACAAAUGGGAGCCUCUGUUGAAGCAAAAGAUCGUAAAAGUGGUCGUACAGCUUUACAUCUGGCAGCAGAAGAAGCAAACCUGGAGCUCAUUCGUCUCUUUCUGGAGCUGCCCAACUGUCUCUCUUUUGUUAAUGCAAAGGCUUACAAUGGCAACACAGCACUACAUGUGGCUGCCAGUCUGCAGUAUCGGGUGAGUCAGUUGGAUGCUGUUCGUCUGCUAAUGCGAAAGGGAGCUGAUCCGAGUGCCAGAAACUUGGAGAAUGAGCAGCCAGUUCAUCUGGUUCCUGAUGGCCUUGUAGGAGAACAGAUAAGACGUAUCCUAAAAGGGAAGGCGAUUCAGCAGAGAGUGUCGCCGUUUUAAACUCCAUGUUUCUUGGAGUUCAGCAACUUACACUCACUGUCAGUUAGGCAGUCCUGAUAUACCUGUAAAUAGACCAUUUGCCUAGUAUGGGCAAAUGUUAGUUGUUUCUAUGAAACAAAAGUAUUUUGUUCACUAUCAUAUAGUGGGUUAUAUAAGAAAAAUCUAAUUCCUUUGAGCAGAUGGGAAUGUUUCAUUCCCAAGUAUAUGGAACCUUUGCCUGGAUACCUGGAUUUCAUAGCUACAGCAGGACUGAUUUAAUUAAACAGCAAAAUGAAUGACUUCUGGGCAAGGACAAUGCUACAGGAAACCUUUUUAGAGAGCUAUUAGAUGAUGACGUUGCAGAGUUUUGUUCUUAAUCACCCUGAAGUGUUAAGUGCAAGAGAAAUCAAAUGUUUUUGAAGUUGAAAAUUUAUUUAUAUGCUUGUAGUUUUCUUCCAGUAUCUUGUGCAGGAUUGUAUAGUCAAUGGCAUUGUUGUACAGCUAUAUAGAAUUUACUGAUAGCUUGGAGAAUGAACUGGAAAAGAAACAAGUGCCUUGAUCUUGAACUUACGAAUUGCGUAUGGAGUUUUAGUACCAUACUGGUGCAAAUCAUGUGAGUUGUACUGAUUUUUGAAAGACUGAAAACCAAAGGUACAGUGAAGAUAGAUUUUUUUCCCUGACACUGAUUUGUGCAUGCUUUUGGAGUUAAUAACAAAAAGCCUUGCUGCUUUAGUUGGAUAAUAUCAGUUUUUAUUGUACCCAGUACAGGUUUUUUUUGACAGGGCGGUAGAUUAAGGGAGAAAUAUGACUUCUAUAGUGUAUAGAACUGUCAUGCUUUGAGGAAUGUGGUCCUGAUUCAGUGAAAGUAUUUAGCAUGUACUUAACUUUAGAUGCAUGCUGAAAUUUCUUGUUCAUUAUAAUCUUAAAUAUGUGUAAGCCCCACUAGUGUCAGUAGGACUUAAGCACAUGCCUAAGUAGUUUGCUGAAUUGGACUCUAGUUAAUUCUAGAGACUUAGUGUUUCUUCACUUCCUAAGCAGAGUUAGUCCAUUUAUGGUUUUACCUUAUAGGUACAGCAGAUAGCCAAGUAAUAUCUGAAGUUAACAUUUUCUGUUUUUAAUAACUAUGACUAUUAAUGCAAAAUGUUUACUAGUGAUGUUGUAUACUUGUCUUCUGUCAGAAAACUUCCUGUCACUUUUGGAACAAUCCAUGCUAAGCUGUAAUCCAGUAAUGUUCUCUCUAUGGUGUCUUUGCUCUUAAACUGUUUUUUGCAUCCUGUGCAGUUCUCUUCUGUGAUCAUUUAAUUAGUCUGUGCUGUUUUGACAAAGUAUGUCUUGUAGACAAGCUAAGUGGGGGAAAAAUGAUAUGCUGAGGCCUACUUAUGAUGUAUUUCUUGGAAGGUCUCAUGUAACUUGUGUUUGAAUAAACAUGUUA